AUGUCCCAUUUUGGCCUUCGGGCCCUACUAUUCUGCCUCGAGGGCGCUUCAGCUGAGUACCAGCUUGGCUGGAACCAUGCGCCCGUCCAGAAGGACAAUGACGCCGUUUCGAAAAACUUUGAGGACGUCGACGUGGAGCUCCUCUCGCCAGCCUUCCUCGACCCUGAGACCAUCCCUGACGGCUUCGCCAAUGGGACAGCAGGACCGACAAGUGAUGCCACGCUUGACUUCUUCAUUCGCAACCUCACUCUGCACAAUUCCUGGAUGAACUACCAAGUUGUCCCGUUCCUGUCAGAAGAAGGCCGUACCUUUCCCCACGUCUUCCUGUCCACGUCGAAGGAUGCGUCGGCCGCCAACUCAUCGGACAAAUUACGCGUGUACAUCCAGGGCGCCAUCCACGGCAAUGAGCCUGCCGGUGACCAAGGCAUCCUUGCGCUUCUCGGCAAGCUGGAUGCGAACCAGACGUGGGCCUCACAUCUGUUGGAGCGUCUCGACAUUCUCGUGCUGCCACGAUACAACCCCGAUGGCGUCGCGUACUUCCAGCGCGAGCUGGCCACCAAUAUUGACCCCAAUCGAGAACACACCAAGCUUGUGCGGCAGCAGUCGCGCGACAUCAAGAGAUUCGUCUCCAGAUUCAAUGCUCAUGUCGUGAUUGAUAUGCACGAGUACACUGCAUCCAACGUUUUCGGCGGAGUCUACCGACACAGUUCAGACGUCCUCAUCGGUUCGGGUCGCAACUUGAACACACAUGCCGCUAUUCGCAAUCUGACCGAAGAUCUGUUCUCCGCGGGCGCUGCCGAGCGACUGGAGGCUGCGGGAUUCCGGGUCAACCCGUAUGUCACAGGUCCCGUAAACGAGACAGUCGGAUCGCCCAUCGUCUUCGAGGAGGCCGUCACCAGUCCCACCAGCGGCCGAAACGCCUACGGCCUGACGCAGGCCGUCGCUAUUCUGUGCGAGGCGCGCGGUAUCCGGCUGGCGGACCAGCACUUCCAACGUCGCACCGCCAGCUCGCUGACCAUGCUAGAAGCACUCCUCGACAUUGCACGCGACAAUGUCCAUGACGUGCUCGCGACCCUUCAAGACAGCAUCGACGACUUUAUCCACAGCAACGCCGAUAUCGUCCUGUCCGACUACCAAGAGAGCACGAACCGCACCUUCGCCCUCGUCGAUACGCGUAACGGGUCCAUCGUCGACGUCCCCAUCGAGUUCCUCUCCUCGUCCCCGGCGACCGCGAACCAGACCCGCUCCCGCCCGGAGGCCUACCUUAUCCCGCGCAACCGCGCAGACAUUGCCGACCGCCUCGCGCUCCAGGGCGUCGACAUCGAGACGCUCGCCUACGCGUACGCCGGCACCGUCGAGGCCUUCAACGUCACUUCGUCCCACUUCGAGGCCGAGCCGUACGAGGCCCUCAUCCGCAACAGGGUGACGGUCGCGGCGAGCGACAAGGUCGUGCAUCUGCCCGCCGGCAGCUUCCGCGUCAGCACGCGGCAGAAGAACGCGGCGCUCGCGUUCGUGGCGCUCGAGCCCGAGGUCGCCGAGAGUUUUGUGACGUUUGGGCUCAUUCACGUGGAGGCUGGGGAUGAGUAUCCCGUCUUUCGCGAGGUUGCGUCGUCCCGAACGUGA